CUGCUACAUGUGCGUACUGAUAUGUCUUUAUUUGAAUGUUUGGUUGCGGAGGAUGACUUUCUAGUUUGACCAUCCGGUUUGUGCGUGAAAAUGUUUGCCUUCUCAAGUGUUAUAUUGAGUUUGAGAUGCGUAUCGAUUUCUUGUAAUAUAAGUAAAUUGUCCGAGUUUCUAUAUAUAUUUGCUCUACUUGUUUAGCUAAACUAUACACGCUACCUUUGAAAUAUUUGUUAUAGCAUUACUAACGAGUCCCAAUCUUUCCUUCCCUUGCCCGGGGCGGUGGCCGCAGAAGCUCGGGGGGGUGUUAGUCCGGUGAACUCAUUCUGAUGGGACCUGGUGGGCCAGGGGGGCCUGGCUGGGGUCCCGGACCAGGGGCGCCGGGAUGGGGUCCAGGACUAGGUGGCCCCGGUUGGGGUCCUGGACCUGGGGGUUUUUUUGGAGGUUUUGCUGAUGGUUUAUGCAAUAUGAUAUCUUCCUGCUUCUACUGCUUGUGCUGUUGCUGGGUGCUACAGGAUUGCUUUGGUGGACCUCGUGGCCCUUAUGGUCCUCCUGGUCCUGGUGGACCUCCAUUCUGACACCGUUACUUUGACUACAAUAAGGCAUGCUAUGCAUAUAUAUAUAUAUAUAUAUAUAUGUGUUUGUGUGUAUGCAUGUGUUUGUACUAGUUGUGCUUGAUGUUGAUCCAAUUUCUGUUGAGCAAAUGAAGAUCAUUCAUGACAGCACGCGUGAUAUACGAAAUGUUCUUGUGCAGAGCUGUACGUGGAUGGCAUUGAAUUGUUAUUUAAUGAAAUAAGAUCUUAAAUGGGGUUCUUAUGAUUUUUCCUUCCUUAUCCUUUCUUGCUGUAAUCAUUUAACAAAAGACAA